AUCCCACAAGAGAGCAAUCUCUUCUCCAAUCUCCAUCUCUGCUUGCUUACUGGGGAAAAAAAUGGCGGCCAAGCAAGCGUUACAACAACAGUACUAUCAUCCAGUCAUUUCAAGAAAGUGCACGGCCAAGCCCAUUUUUACAUUAUUAGGCAACAAAUUCCCAUCAUCGCCACCUCUCUUCUCUCGAGCCAGUUCUUCGUUUCCCAAUAGAUCGACCGUCGCGAAAUGCAGCGGCGACGGCGAUAAAUUGAAGGAUGCGCUCAGCGGCAUGGUGGGCAAGCAAGUUGAGGAACUGCUGGGGAGAGAAGAGAACAAGGCGUUGCUGGAUGAGCUGGAGAAGGCAUCGGAGAGAGUGGAGAUAGCAAGAAGAGAGCUUGCCGAGAUAGAAAGACAAGAGCUUGAAGCUAAGCAAGUUAGGGAGUAUGUCAAACAGCUCGAAACCAGAGCUGGCGAGAUAGAAGAAUGUCUGCAAGAGAUUUCCGCAGCCAAAUCCAUGGUGGAAGAAGCAGAGAGAUCACUCUCAGCUGGUUCACAGAGUGAAGCAAGUGAGAAAGAUAAAGAGAGGAUCGAGUCCGUAAAGGCAGCUGGAGUCUGUGCACUUGUUGGGACACUUGCAGGGCUCCCUGUUUCUUUGACACAAGCGACUGGCUACGAGCAGCUGUUGCUUCCAUUGGCAGUCACCUUCUUGAGCUGUGCAUUGUUUGGAGUGACCUUCCGAUAUGUGGUGCGAAGAGAUUUGGAUGAUUCCCACCUCAAGACAGGGGCCAUUGCUGCAUUUGGCUUCGUGAAAGGACUUGGCAGGCUUUCUGGAGGAGCGCCAUUGGAACUCAAUCCAGCAAGCAUCUUGUCUCAUGGUAUUGAUGGUGCGGUUUAUGUAUCACAGAGCCUUUUGAUUUUUGGCUUUGCUGCUGUUAGUCUGGAUUACUGCUUCAAGGUUGGGAUUAUCAGUCCGUUUCCUUUGAAUGGAUCCCCAUCAGAAACCAAUGGAGAGUAAGCUCAAAGCUCCAAGCAUUAGUGAA